AUGGUUUUCUGUAAAUUUUUCUCCAGUUUGCUGCACUUUAUGCUUCCUAGAAAGAGACCUGUUGAAGGUGAAGUUGUAGAAGGUGGUACUGGUGGUAGCCUUGACCAAUUGCUUAACAAGAAACAUCGGAUCGGUUGCUUUAUUUCAUCAUCUGAGGCUCCAUCUGAUACACAAACUGCUACCAAUCCAUCAUCUAACAGCGAGAACGCUACUGGAGGUGAAAUCGAAAUUGACGGCAUCACAGGGAAUACCAACAGCAGUUUGCCGGUCAGUAUGGUGUUAGGCAAUGGAAAUCCUUCUGAUAUUGAUGAAGAUCUUCACAGCAGACAGCUCGCUGUUUAUGGUCGCGAGACUAUGAGGCGUCUCUUUGCUUCUAAUGUACUUAUAUCUGGAAUGCAAGGUCUUGGUGCUGAAAUAGCUAAAAACCUUGUACUUGCUGGUGUAAAGUCUGUGACAUUGCACGAUGAAGGAACUGUAGAACUGUGGGAUUUAUCUAGCAGUUUUGUUUUCUCGGAGAAUGACGUGGGCAAGAACAGGGCACUUACUUCUGUUCAGAAGCUGCAAGAGCUGAACAAUGCUGUGGUCAUUUCUACCUUAACCGAACCCUUGACUAAGGAAAAACUCUCUGACUACCAGGUUGUGAUCUUUACUGACAUUAGCUUGGAAAAAGCAAUUGAGUUUGAUGAUUUCUGUCAUAGUCAUCAGCCACCUAUUGCCUUCAUAAAGACUGAAGUUAGGGGGCUUUUUGGGAGUGUAUUCUGUGAUUUUGGACCUGGAUUUACAGUUUUGGAUGUUGAUGGUGAGGAACCACAUACAGGUAUAGUUGCAUCGAUCAGCAAUGAUAACCCAGCAUUUGUAUCAUGUGUGGAUGAUGAAAGGAUAGAGUUUCAGGAUGGGGAUCUUGUUGUGUUUUCUGAAAUUAAGGGGAUGACAGAACUAAAUGAUGGAAAGGCAAGAAAGGUCAUAAAUUCUAGGCCCUAUUCAUUCUCUCUUGAGGAGGACACAACAAAUUUUGGAACAUACAUAAGGGGUGGCAUUGUCACACAGGUAAAGCAGCCCAAGGUGCUCGAUUUUAAGCCAUUAAAAGAAGCAAUUAAAGAUCCUGGGGAGUAUCUUCUGACUGAUUUCGCCAAAUUUGAUCGACCACCCCUCUUGCAUCUGGCAUUCCAAGGACUGGACAAAUUUGUGUCGGUACAGGGACGCCUCCCUCAGGCUGGUUCAGAGGAGGAUGCACAAAAACUGAUCUCUUUAGUCUCUGAAAUAAAUGAAAGUUCAGGAGAUGACAAGUUGGCAGAUAUUAAUCCCAAGCUCUUGCGUCACUUCUCAUUUGGUUCUCGUGCUGUUCUAAAUCCCAUGGCUGCCAUGUUUGGUGGUAUUGUUGGCCAAGAGGCCGUAAAAGCAUGUUCUGGGAAAUUCCACCCGCUCUUUCAGUUUCUAUACUUUGACUCUAUUGAAUCACUCCCCAGCGAGCCUGUGGAUGCCAGUGAUUACAGACCAUUGAACAGUCGCUAUGAUGCACAAAUUUCUGUCUUUGGAGCUACCCUCCAAAAGAAAUUGGAAGAGGCUCAAGUAUUUGUUGUAGGAUCAGGUGCAUUAGGCUGUGAGUUUCUAAAGAACUUGGCUCUUAUGGGAGUUUCAUGUGGCAGCCAAGGGAAGCUGACAAUCACAGAUGAUGACGUCAUCGAGAAGAGUAACCUCAGUCGUCAGUUUCUUUUCCGUGAUUGGAAUAUUGGUCAGGCAAAAUCCACCGUUGCUGCUUCUUCCGCGCUGACAAUAAAUCCUUCUUUCCGAAUUGAAGCGCUUCAGAAUCGCGUCGGACCUGAGACUGAGACUGUUUUCAACGACACAUUCUGGGAGAAUCUGACUGUUGUCGUUAAUGCCUUGGACAAUGUAACUGCCAGGCUUUAUGUUGACCAAAGAUGCUUAUAUUUUCAAAAGCCACUUCUUGAAUCGGGAACUUUAGGUGCUAAGUGCAAUACUCAAAUGGUCAUUCCUCAUCUGACAGAGAACUAUGGUGCAUCUAGGGAUCCACCUGAGAAACAAGCACCUAUGUGUACUGUCCAUUCGUUCCCUCACAACAUUGACCAUUGCUUGACAUGGGCUCGAUCUGAAUUUGAGGGUUUGCUAGAGAAAACCCCUGCAGAAGUUAACGCGUAUCUUUCGAAUCCAUCUGAGUAUAUAUCUUCCAUGAAGAGCGCUGGCGAUGCUCAGGCUAGAAAUAAUCUCGAACGUGUUCUUGAAUGUCUGGAUAGCGACAAAUGCGAGUCGUUUCAGGAUAGCAUCACCUGGGCCCGUUUGAGGUUUGAAGACUAUUUUGCUAACAGGGUGAAACAAUUGAUUUAUACUUUCCCUGAAGAAGCUGCAACUAGUACUGGUGCUCCGUUCUGGUCGGCCCCAAAGCGCUUUCCCACUCCGCUGCAAUUCUCGGUUUCUGAUCUCAGCCAUAUAAAUUUUAUAAUGGCGGCUUCUAUUCUCCGAGCUGAGACUUUUGGAAUUCCAAUUCCUGACUGGGCUAAUAACCCUAGCAAGUUGGCUGAAGAAGUUGACAAGGUCAUGGUCCCUGAUUUCCAGCCCAAACAGGGUGUGAAAAUUGAAACUGAUGAGAAAGCAACCAACCUUUCCAAUGCAUCCAUUGAUGACUCUGCUGUUAUAGAUGAAUUAGCCAUGAAAAUAGAGAAAUGCAGAAGCUAUCUUCCACAAUCGUUCAGAAUGAAGCCUGUUCAGUUUGAGAAGGAUGAUGAUACAAACUACCACAUGGACAUGAUAGCGGGUCUUGCAAACAUGAGGGCAAGAAACUACAGCGUCCCAGAAGUGGACAAACUGAAAGCCAAGUUCAUAGCAGGAAGAAUCAUACCCGCAAUUGCAACCUCAACCGCCAUGGCCACAGGCCUUGUUUGUUUGGAGCUUUACAAAGUUCUAGACGGGAGCCACAAAGUGGAAGACUAUAGAAACACAUUCUCAAACCUAGCACUCCCCCUAUUCUCAAUGGCUGAACCGGUCCCACCCAAAGUCGAAAAACAUAGAGACAUGAAAUGGACUGUGUGGGACAGGUGGAUCGUUAAGGAGAACCCUACGUUAAGGCAACUUCUGAAAUGGCUAGCGGAUAAGGGUCUGAAUGCGUAUAGUAUUUCGUACGGGAGUAGCUUGCUUUAUAAUAGUAUGUUUCCGAGGCACAAAGAUAGGUUGGAUAAGACUAUGAUUGAGUUAGCCAAGGAUGUUGCCAAGUCGGAGCAGCCUUCGUACCGUAGGCAUUUGGAUGUUGUGGUUGCUUGUGAGGACGAUGAAGAUAAUGACAUCGAUAUCCCUCAGAUAUCCAUAUAUUUUCGCUAGGUUGGUUCGUCGGUUUAGUGCAAGAUGAAAACUCGUGUCAGUUGCCUUCUAUAAUACAACAAACAUUUUGAAAUUAUGUUACUCUCUCAUUCUUGAGAGGUGUAACAGUUAACUUUCUUAAAUGUUGUUUUUUUUUUCUCUCUUUUGAAGGAGUUUAAGACUUAUUUUGCUGCUUUGAUAAGCAACGUUAUAUUUCAAUUGAGAAUUUCUAUUGAUGAAUGAAUUUGAGUUUUUAUUAA